UGGUGGCCUUUCCGAAAAUCGCUGGUGGAGUUUUACGUUGCUUAGAGACGCAUCGGAAAUAAUAAAGUAGUUUCGCUGUUUGAAUUGGCAUUGUGUAAAAUGAAAGAACACACGCAUAUAUUAGUUAAAGGAGACAGAUGUUUCCUGUUUUUUUGCGGAGUGACGUGCGGUCCACCUGGAGCUGCCCUUCCCUGAGAACAGCUGCUCUCAAAUCUCUCCCCUGAGGGAUUUUCCGCGUUCUCCAGCGACACAAACGCCUCCCUACAUGGACCGGAAAAAAACCAAAACUUUUUCAUCCUCACCAAACAACGUCUGUUGGCUUCCCAUUUAGUAAACUUUUUUUUAAAAAGCAACAGCCAUGGGAGAAAUGACAGCACCAAAGAGCUUCUCGGAAGUUAUAAGUCAGAUAUUACAAGAGGCGCCAGCUGCCAGGAAAGAUCUGGUUGAUAACCACAGCAACCUUCUCCGAGUGGCAGAAUACUGCGAGAACAACUACCUCCAGGCGGAUGAUCCGACCAAAGCUGUGGAGGAGACCAAGGCUCUGACCACCCAGGCUUUAGCCAGUGUCGCCUACCAGAUCAACAGCGUGGCCAGCACCGUGCUCAGGCUGCUGGACUCCCAGGCCAUGCAGAUCAAAGACAUGGAGUCUUCCGUCAACCUGCUGUCACUGGCUGCUGCGAUCCACUUUGAGAAAGUGGUAAGGAGUGAGAUUGGUGCCUUGACCACACCCAAAGACAAGACCCGAUCCAAACCCAUGGCCCCGCCCCCUUCAGGCAUCGAGCAGGAGAUGGGUUACCUGAGAACUCCGAUAUCAUACACCAAUUUGGACACCGUUGGACACUAUUUCCAGGUCAAAGAGCAGCAGGCCAUCAAGAACACACAGAUGGAGCAAGCUGAAGAACACUCGGUGUCGGCCUACGGCAUCGCCGUACCUUUACCCUCUGUACCCACUAAGCCCACAGUGAACAGCCUGCCUCCCCCUCCUCCACCUGCUGCUGCCACAAACCUGCCUUCUCCUCCUUCCUCAAUGGACACUGACCUCCCUCCUCCAUCCUCCUUUCCAUCGCCCUUCAAUCUCCCCCCAUCACCUCCUCCACCGGCCAUCGGCAUGUCGGACAACAGCUUACUGCCACCCCCUCCACCUUCUGCUGGCAACAGCACCGGUCUACCUCCUCCUCCUCCACCUCCUCCUCCUCCUGCACCUCCAGCCAGUGGUGUACCACCACCACCCCCUCCACCUUCUGCUGGCAACAGCACCGGUCUACCUCCUCUUCCUCCUCCUCCUCCUCCUCCUCCUCCAGCCAGUGGUGUACCACCACCACCCCCUCCACCUCCUGCUAGCAGCAGCACCAGUCUACCACCACCCCCUCCCCCACCACCUCUCUUCUAGAUGGUAGAUUGUGUCACUCAGGGUUUUGCUAACUUUGAAGCAGAACUAAAGCAAAGUGUUUGUGUGUGUGUGUGUGUGUGUGUGUGUGUGUGUGUGUGUGUGUGUGUGUGUGUGUGUGUGUGUGCAGGUGUUUGAACCCUGAGCUGUUUCAUCUGUGAUUAAUACCAAAGCGCUAGCCCGAAGUGACAUUUUCUGGUUUAGAAAAUCCCUCCUUCAGCAUUCUGUGCGUACAGAAGGUGAGCGGCGGGGAUCGAGCCAGCGUGUCCCGACAGCGCCUCCACCGCAUUCCUUCAAAACAAGCUGAAACAGGGAUUCCUGACUUCCUGUCAUCAGCUCUUCCAUCACUUUUUCCUCUUUCCCAUAACGUCCGUGCCUCAUCAUAAUGAGGGUUACUUCAAACUGCAGCGGUCUGCGGCUCAGCCCCGGCAGCGGUCACUUUCCUGUCUGGUCAACGUGAUUCUAAGUCUCUAACACUGGCAGCUUUGACCUCAGUGUGCUCUGCGUCUUUAAACAGGCCACUGAGGGUGUGAGCCGUCUGCUGCAAGUCAUAUUUAAAACCUCUAUAAUUAAGUGUAUUUACUGUACCUGACAGCGUCAGUUACACAGUACUGAACAAAUAAAGAUCUAGAUGCAGAAAAAUAUGAAGGGGAACUUUUAAAGUCUGUUGGUUUGAAGUUAAAUUGAUUUAAUCUGUGAGAAAAUGGAUUAAAUUCAGCCGCUUAGAGAAAAUUUGGGUUUUUUUACGUUUCAGAUUUGAGGGGUUUUUUAGAAUUUUUUUUUUUUAGAACAAUACUUUUGUUCAGUAAUUUUAGGAUAUUUUGCUAUGUUACUGCCAUAAAAAUCCAUGUGCAGUGUUAUGUGUAAACUGAAUGAAAAUGAAUAUGUUUUAAAACCAUUUUUGCAGACAGAAAUCAGCUGAGUGGGUCAGUCUGUCUCCAGGUUUGUCUCUACCAGAUUUGCACGACGACAAACUGAACAGUUUGCCGACUCUUAUAAAAUGGCUGAAAUGAUUUAAACAGAUUUUAUGAAGAGUGUCUGCAAAAGAGCAAGCUUCUAUAUUUUAAUGCAGCUUCUCAAUUUCAUUUAGCGCUGGCCUUUGACUGGACCAUUGUAAAAAUAUGUUGGGGCUCUUCUACUGAUGGAAGUUGAACUCGGUCUCUGCAGGUUUUCUUCCAGAACUUUCUUCGAUCUAACUUCAUUUAUCUCAUCUCUGCCCAGCUGCCCUGUUCAGGCUGGAGAAACCGAUUCCCUCAGCAUGACACUACCAGAACUCUUUCUCAAGAAAAAAAUUAAUUUGUUUAGGUGAUCAAAAAGUGAAAAAGAAAUAUGCAUAAAUUAUCUCAAGUUCAGGUUAUUUGUUUUUAGAGCCUUUACAUCAGAAUUAUGCUUAUCUGAGUGGAGCGUAGUUAAAGUUUCUCACUCCAUCAGGCUGAUACAUUCUCUCUCUACUUGCUGAUUCCUCUAGACAUCAUGUGUUUUAAUAUGUCCAGAUGUGUUGACAGUUUUGUUUAUCCCAGAACAAACUUCUGUGUAUUUUAUAAAGAUUUUAUGUGACAAUGCAAAGAACUGACUUUGUUUUGUAAAGUCCUACUUUAUGUUUUGAAAACUUUUUACCAAUAAUAAAAAAAAAAAAAAUUUAAAUCCGAAGUGAAUUUGAAUUUAUCUUCUGUUGUUCUAAUACACCCAAAUGAAACCCAGUGAAACCAGUUGAAUGAAUUGACAGUAACUGGAGGAGCUGCUGACGCUCCACUGAUCUGGACAUCAUGGAGGAACGGAGAGAGAAAAGUCGCUGCUUUCAGCAGACUGAGAUGUUAAGGAAGACUCUCUGAGGAGUCCAAAAUGAAACCAAGCUGGGAAAUCUGAACACACGACACAGUGAGGCACGGUGGUGGCAGCAUCAUGGUGGAACUUCACUGAGCUGGAGCAAAGAAGAAAGGCCAAAAAAAAUCACUCUGGAUGUGAAGUUUUUCUUAGAUUAUGAACAGCUGAGUUGUUUAUAUUAUUCUGAUGCUCAUUGGU